CUCCUCUACCCCCGUACCCCAGGUCUCUAACAACACCAUCCGCCGAAUAUCACCGUCAAAAUUUACCUUCACGCUCACUACAUCUCGAGUGCGAUUCACCCUCAUAAAAAGCUAUGAGUCGAUAACAUUUCUCCGACAAGACCUCUCGCAUCUUUUCCUUUCCGUCUCGACCAUCCACCGCAUCUCCAUUUCCACCCCCACUCCGGUCGCGAUGCUCUCUUCCGGCUUCGCAGGAGCUCCCGUCUCCCGCAGCCUUACCUAUGGCAUAGUCGCAGCCUCGAUCCUCGCCAGUGUUCUCGAUGCCAAACACUACUUUUACAUCCAGGUUGACCCUCAUUUCUGGCAAUAUCGCCAACUAUGGCGCGUCAUCGCAUAUCAACUCUGUUACACCAAUUCCACCGAGGUUCUCUUUGCUGCCAUGACCCUAUAUAACAUGCGCGUGAUAGAAAGAGUCUGGGGCUCCCGGAAAUAUGCUGUAGGAAUUGCUCCCCCUUUUCUCUCAUCCGGUCAUCGCUAACGCUGCCCCUGUAUUAGUCCUUUAUAAUCCUCAGUUACUGCCUGACAGCAGUAUUACCACCACUUCUCCUGGCACUCGUGCUUCGGCCCCUUUCCUUUAACAAAUUGAAUUACCUACCAGCAGGACCAACACCCCUGAUUUUCGCGAUUCUGGCACAAUUUCAUGCCAUGAUCCCUCACAUAUACAAGUAUCGAAUUGCUGCAUCCUCGGCACCUCCGACCAAUGAGCCAUUUGUUGGCCUCACUUUCUCGGAUAAGUCUUACACCUACCUUCCUGCUGUUCAAUUGGCAUUGUCACAGUUUCCAGGAUCUUUACUUUGUGCCUCGGUAGGCUGGAUAGUGGGCUAUUUCUGGAGGAACGAAGUGCUGCCAAAUUCCGUGAUGCGUUGGAGAAUACCCGGAUGGAUGGUGGGAAUUCAGACGAAAAAGAGAGAGGAGGAUUUUGAGAUUUUAAGAAGACGUCUGGAAAGUGAAAACGCCAGUGGAGCUGCCACAGGAUCAGAUGGUAUACUAGCUGGAGAAGGGGGGAGAAGGAGAACCUUGGGCCGGCAAUUCUUGGAUCAAUUUCGAGGGUCUGUAUAA